AUGGGGGAUCAAGACGAUCCCAAAAUCGUUUUUCAAACAAAUGUUUAUGACACGAAGGAAAUUGGUUUGGUUCUGUUUUUAUUCUUACUUAUGGCUGAAGAUAAAGUUUCGCAAUUGAAAGAAGAACUAGGUCUGGAGAGCGAGAGUUGCACAGGGGAAGAUAAAUUAAGUGAAGCUUCCUCCAGUGAUAAAGGAGUGGAUUUGAAAGCUUCUUCGUCAGUUGCAGACUCGGAGAAAACUCAAGUUUCACCGGCAUCUGGAAAACUGGAGGAUUUGGAGAUCGAAAGUUCCACAGAUGCUUUUAAAGGGAAAGACUCAGUAAACCAAGGAAAGGUGCAUUUGGAUGAUGAGCUUUCAUCAGGUCAAUUUGGAUUAAAGGAAUCAGAUGACGGUGACGGCAAAUCAACAGAGAAAAGUGAAGCUACUUCUGUUGAGAAAGAACUGAACAUGAAGGAUGCUCCCUUAGCAGGUACGUUGCAGGAUAAAAUUACAGCAAUGCAAGAAAAACUGGAUUUGGAUGAUGGACCUUCCUCUGAUCAUUUUGCAUCCAAGAAGGAAUCAGAUGAUGAUGAAAGUGAACCAAAAGAUUAUUCUACAUCCAAGAAGGAAUCAUAUGAUGAUGGAAGCAAACCAAAAGGAACAGCUAAAAGUGAAGGUACCGUAAGUGAUAAAGGAGUGGAUUUUACAGCUUCUUCGUCAGUUACAGGUCAAACAUUCUUUGACGAAGACGUUGAAGACGGCAGGCAAUCUGAUACUAGUGUAGAUGCUACAUACUAA